GCUUGGGGCUAGGAUUUGGCGGGUGGAGAGGAGAGACCUAGCCGGCCCGGCUUCCCGGAAGCGUCUCGGCCUGGUCUGUCCCAAGUGGCCCGAGCGGGAGGGCGCGGAGCCGCGCGGGGGUGAGGCCGGGGAAGAGGCGGCCUCCGCCGCCCCGCCCCGCCCCGCCCCGCCCCCGGGGCCGCGGUGGGCUCCGCCGCCACCAGCCUGAGGGGCCCAAGAUGGGUCGCCGAGCUCAACAGGAGUCAGCUCAAGUCGAGAAUCAUCUCAGUAGAAAGAAUUCCUCUUCAAUUCUGACUGGAGAGGCUCCCCCUCCCAAACCGCCCCGCAGACAAGGAGGCUGGGCAGAUGAGUCCAUGAAGGCUUCAAAGUCAGGAAGGAGGGCUUCUGAAGAAAUAGAAGAUCACCGCCUCAGACAGCAGAGCUUGGAUGGAUCGGAUGAUGGAGGAGUUUGGUCUCCUUCUCUUCUUGCAGACAUUCCUGUUAUUCCAGAUCUGGAAGAAGUACAGGAAGAAGACUUUGCUUUGCAGGUGGCCGCCCCUCCCAGCAUCCAGGUAAACCGGGUGAUGACCUACCGUGACCUGGACAACGACCUUAUGAAGUAUGCAGCCUUCCAGACCUUGGAUGGAGAGAUUGACCUGAAGCUCCUCACCAAAGUCCUUGCACCAGAGCAGGAAGUCCGAGAGGAUGACGUCAGCUGGGACUGGGACCGCCUGUACACUGAGGUGUCCUCCGAACUCCUCACCGAGUGGGACCUGCAGCAGGCAGAGAAGGAGGAGCCCCUGGGACAGCCCGCACAUCCCUGAGCCCUGUGGGGUCAACAGGCAGCUCUCCCCGCACAGAGUAAUUUCUGCUUUGGACUUGAAAAAAAUGCCAUAAGCCUAAACCUGAAGCUUGCAAGCAGCUUAGAAUUUUUAUAUGGAAUAUUUUGUCAUAAAAAUACUUAUUUUCAGUAGACCACAUUGGAUCAUUCCGUUAUAAUAAAUUACUUUAUUC